AUGGCCAAUCAACCCGAAUCCUCCGACGCUAAGGGAACAAAGAAGGAUUUUAGCACUGCCAUCCUGGAACGCAAAAAAGCUCCUAAUCGUUUGGUCGUCGACGAAGCUGUCAACGACGAUAACUCCGUUGUAGCUCUUCAUCCCGAGACGAUGGAGAAGCUUCAACUCUUCCGCGGUGACACUAUCUUGAUCAAGGGUAAGAAAAGGAAGGAUACGAUCUGUAUUGCACUCGCUGAUGAGACGUGUGAGGAACCGAAGAUAAGAAUGAAUAAGGUUGUGAGAAACAAUCUUAGGGUUAGGCUUGGAGAUGUUGUUUCCGUGCAUCAAUGUGCUGAUGUUAAAUAUGGGAAGAGAGUUCACAUUCUUCCUGUGGAUGAUACUAUUGAAGGAGUGACUGGGAAUCUCUUUGAUGCUUACUUGAAACCUUAUUUCCUGGAGGCAUAUAGACCAGUGAGGAAGGGUGACUUCUUCCUUGUGAGAGGGGGGAUGAGAAGUGUAGAAUUCAAGGUUAUUGAGACUGAUCCACAUGAGUACUGUGUUGUUGCCCCUGACACAGAGAUCUUCUGUGAAGGAGAGCCAAUUAAAAGGGAAGAUGAGAAUCGAUUGGACGAGGUUGGUUAUGAUGAUGUUGGUGGUGUAAGAAAGCAGAUGGCACAGAUUAGGGAACUGGUGGAACUGCCUCUGAGGCACCCACAGUUAUUCAAGUCUAUUGGUGUCAAGCCACCAAAAGGAAUUUUGUUGUAUGGACCCCCUGGAUCUGGAAAGACUUUAAUUGCCCGAGCAGUUGCAAAUGAAACAGGUGCCUUCUUUUUCUGCAUUAAUGGCCCUGAGAUAAUGUCAAAACUCGCUGGUGAAAGUGAAAGCAAUCUAAGGAAGGCAUUUGAGGAAGCUGAGAAGAAUGCACCAUCCAUCAUCUUUAUUGAUGAGAUAGAUUCCAUAGCUCCUAAGCGAGAGAAAACUCAUGGUGAAGUUGAGAGGAGGAUUGUUUCCCAGCUCUUGACUCUCAUGGAUGGUCUUAAAUCACGUGCACAUGUAAUUGUUAUGGGAGCCACAAAUAGGCCCAACAGCAUUGACCCUGCACUUAGGAGGUUUGGAAGGUUUGAUAGGGAGAUUGAUAUUGGUGUCCCAGAUGAAAUUGGGCGUCUUGAGGUUCUUCGAAUUCAUACAAAGAAUAUGAAACUUGCUGAAGAUGUUGAUUUAGAAAAGAUUGCUAAGGAAACACAUGGUUAUGUUGGUGCUGAUCUAGCUGCAUUGUGUACUGAGGCUGCACUUCAAUGCAUCAGAGAAAAAAUGGAUGUGAUUGACUUGGAAGAUGAGACAAUUGAUGCUGAAAUAUUGAACUCCAUGGCAGUGAGUAAUGAGCAUUUUGCUACUGCUCUUGGAUCAAGCAAUCCUUCUGCUCUCCGUGAAACGGUUGUUGAAGUGCCUAAUUGCAGCUGGGAAGAUAUCGGGGGUCUUGAAAAUGUUAAGAGGGAACUCCAAGAGACUGUUCAAUAUCCAGUGGAGCACCCUGAAAAGUUUGAGAAGUUUGGAAUGUCACCUUCAAAGGGAGUUCUUUUCUAUGGUCCUCCCGGUUGUGGUAAAACACUUUUGGCCAAAGCUAUUGCCAAUGAAUGCCAGGCAAACUUCAUCAGUAUCAAAGGUCCUGAGCUGCUCACAAUGUGGUUUGGAGAAAGUGAGGCAAACGUGAGGGAAAUUUUUGACAAGGCUCGUGGUUCUGCUCCAUGUGUCCUAUUCUUUGACGAACUUGACUCUAUUGCAACUCAGAGAGGUAGUAGUGUAGGAGAUGCUGGUGGUGCUGCUGACAGGGUUUUGAACCAGCUGCUAACAGAAAUGGAUGGGAUGUCGGCAAAGAAAACCGUGUUCAUCAUUGGCGCCACUAACCGACCCGACAUUAUAGAUCCCGCACUUCUGCGUCCAGGGCGUCUAGACCAGUUGAUUUAUAUCCCUCUCCCAGAUGAAGAUUCCCGUCAUCAGAUAUUUAAAGCUUGCUUGAGAAAAUCCCCCAUCUCAAAAGAUGUUGAUAUUAGAGCUCUUGCAAAGUACACCCAAGGCUUUAGUGGUGCUGAUAUUACUGAGAUUUGCCAGCGUGCAUGCAAGUAUGCCAUUAGAGAGAAUAUUGAAAAGGACAUUGAAAAAGAGAGAAAGAGAAGUGAGAACCCUGAGGCCAUGGAAGAGGAUGUUGAUGAUGAAGUGGCGGAAAUUAAGGCAGCUCAUUUUGAAGAAUCAAUGAAGUAUGCCCGAAGGAGUGUAAGUGACGCCGACAUCCGCAAAUACCAGGCAUUCGCCCAAACAUUGCAGCAAUCCAGAGGUUUUGGAACUGAGUUUAGGUUUGCAGAUUCCGGCUCCAGUGGUGCUGCUGCUACAGGUGCAUCUGAUCCAUUUACAUCUGCUGGCGGAGCCGAUGAUGAUGAUCUUUACAGUUAG